CAAUAUCUGCAAAGAUGAAUUUGGUCAUAAGCAAUAGCAGCAGUUAUGGUGUCCAGUAUUCCAUAGUUUCAAGCUACAAGCAACAACUAAGAAGCAUUCCUGAGAAAUAUAAGGAGCAUGCUGCGAAAAUGGUCAAGAGGUCUUCCAUGGGAGAGGAUAUUGAGCUAGAUGUUUUGCCCUUGUCGAGGACUUGUCAGAGUCAGAGUAUCAGAACCAAAUUUAAUGUUACUACAUUUGUUAAUGCUGUUGCAGCUAAUUUGGUUGUGACAGACACUGCAAAGGCUUCAAGUAUGGGGAACAUCAUGGAAGGACCUGCUUCUAUCUGUACGCUGGCUGAUGGGGGCCUUGGGGAUUGGUUUGGAGGCCUCUUGUUUUCAGCUGGCCAACAGGCAAAUGAAGCUGUUCAGGACCAGUUAGCAGCUCUCAGUUUUACCAGUUUGGCAGUAAUAUUUGGUGCGGGGCUAGUAACUAGCCUAUCUCCUUGUACACUGAGUGUUCUGCCACUGACCCUUGGAUACAUUGGGGCAUUUGGUUCUGGUAAGAGCAGAGCAGAGGUCAUUGGGAACUCUGUUGCAUUUUCACUGGGAUUGGCAACUACUCUAGCUAUACUUGGCAUAGCAGCCUCAUUUGCUGGAAAGGCCUAUGGACAGGUAGGGCAGGGACUACCUUUGGCUGCUUCUGGGUUGGCCGUUAUUAUGGGUCUGAAUCUCCUAGAGAUUAUUGAGUUACAGCUACCCUCGUUCUUUAACAACUUUGAUCCCCGUGCUGCUGCUGCUAAUUUUCCUUCAGGUGUCCAAGCAUAUUUGGCUGGUCUUACAUUUGCAUUAGCUGCAUCACCUUGUAGUACGCCUGUGCUGGCCACCCUGCUUGGAUAUGUGGCUGCAUCAAAGGAUCCUAUAAUAGGAGGCAGUUUACUGUUGACAUACACAACCGGCUAUAUUGCACCUCUGCUUCUUGCUGCUUCAUUUGCAGGAGCAUUGCAGAGCUUACUUUCAUUCCGCAAGUUCUCAGCUUGGAUCAACCCCAUGAGUGGUGCACUCUUGUUAGGAGGGGGUGUCUAUACCCUGUUGGAUAGGCUUUUUCCAGCAACAACAAUGGCAAUGUAGAUAUGUAUAGGGAAAUACUUUCCUGAUUGCACUCUUGGCUAAGUCGAUCGGUUUCAGGUAAAAUAGUAAGCCAUAGAAGAUUCCAUAAUACACAAUGGAUGAAUACACUAUGAAAUUGAAAAAAGAACAGUAAUGAAAUAGAGCAGUCAAUGGAAAAUACUAAACGCAGAGCUACUUGUAUGCAGUUUGUAUUCGUGUAUGUGUUCACUUUUUUAAAAAAUAUGUACAUGUUAAAUAAUGGGUUUCUUC